AUGAAGAUGGUUGAAGACCACGCAGACAGAAUGACUACGCUUUUAAAACGUAAAGCUCAGAUUAUAAAGGAGAUGACUGAGAUCGCUGCACAAUGUGAUGUCGAAGCAUCUUUUUUGGUUUCCUCUGAAGAUGGAAAGCCUCAUUCGUUCGCACAUCCGUCCAUGGAAGAUGCUGUUGGUCGAGUAAAGAACCCUUUGAGACAUGAACCGUCCGGGGAAAACGAUACCUAUAUUGAGCAACUAGUGGAAGCUCACAAGAGGGAAAACAACGAGAUGCUCAAGAAAUACUAUGCUGCUCUCGCUGAAGAGUUAGAGAUAGUAGAGGAGAAUGAAAAAAAAUUGAAGGGAUUAUUAGAAAGUGGAAAUGAUGAAGGCCUGAGCGUGGAGGAGUUGAAGCGGAAGCACCAAGCUUUUGUGGAAUUAGGUACGGCUUCACAACAGUUUGGACAAAAAAAGUGA